UGCGCGUGCAGUGCAACCACUAGAGGACAAGCGCCGCAGUCGACGGUGUGUUAGAGCAAGCCAGCCGCUGGAGUCGAUUAUAACCUUACAAUUCGACGAUUCACAAGAAACUGCGGUGUUGAAUCCAGUAUUACAGACUCCGGCGUAGAAGAGAGAAGUCACCAUGGGGCGUGUGUGGGGUUUGAUCGCCCUUUUGAUGUGCUUUUAUCGAGCUAACGCCGCGGCAGGACCAAACAUCAUCGCUGAGCCCUUUGAAGUCUUCAACCAGACCUCCGCCGUCCUCCGCUGCAACCUCACCGAGACUACCCUCCCAGUCCAGGGCUCCCACUGGUUGUGGAACGGAAAGAUCAUCGAAGGAUCAAAGUCCACUGAACCCUCUCCAUUCACUUCCCUUUCGUUGGAUAAGAUCACUACGCACUCCGGUGGGAAGUACGAGUGUGUGUUCCUGAUCGACCCACCUGUGCAGCAGGCCGUCGAAGUCAAAACACCUCCUCACGUCGGCGCCUACAAACGCUCUGAGAACGGCGACGAGAACGACAAGAUCUUGCUGAGCUGUGUGAGCCACAGCUACCCUCUCCCCAGCGACUGGUCCUGGUCCAAGACCCAGGCAGACGGCUCACUGGCGCCCAUCGUCAACAACACGGCAGAAAAGUACGAGAUCAAGAGCACCCCCAACAAGACGACCCUGGCCAUCACGGCCCUGAGCAUAGAGCUGGACAAGGGGGAGUACGUGUGCACCGGGAUCAGCGACCUGGGGGCCACCAGCGACCGCAUCCAGCUGCGCGUCCGCAGCCGGCUGGCUGCCGUCUGGCCCUUCCUGGGCAUCGUGGUGGAGGUCAUCAUCCUGGUCACCAUCAUCUUCAUCUACGAGAAGAGGAGAAAGCCCGACGAGAUCCAAGACGGUAAAGACCUUGUGAUUGUCCCCUUGAAGAGCAAUUCUGACACAAACCACAAGGAAAAGAAUGUCAGGCAAAGGAAUUCUAACUAGGAAGAUGAAAGCAGGUGUGUACUUUAGCCAUUCAUUUUCUUCCAUCGCUGUCACUGUUGAUCAAGGACAACAUUUCAUACUUUGACUGUGAAGACCUAAAUGCAUCAAUUUUUUUUUUAGGUUUGCUAGUUUAUUCUCUAGUUCUAACUUCAUUUGUUCUUUUCCAGGUGCCCAUCUGGAUGAAAACGAUCCAGGAUUUUAAAAGCAUUCGACGCAUACGUGGAAUAUUAUGUAGUGCAACCUGCAAUUUUUAAAAUUAAUUUCUGUGCUUGAGUGAUGUUGUGAAAAAUGGAAAGAUGAAUUGUUUUAAUAUAUAGCCCUAUAUAAAAUGCAGUCAGGGAACAUACUUCCACUUUGUUUUUGCCAUAGUUCAAAUAUUGCAUGCAUUUUAUUGCUGUUCUUGCUAAGUGUUUGUAGUGAAUAAACAAAGGUGGAAAGUUAUAUUUAUGGUUAUUUUAACGGUUAAUGCUUCCUAUAGUGACCCUCACAGUUUCAUACUCCGUACUACUGUAUUUGUGGGAUUGCAAGACCAACACUUGUCUGGCAGCACCAAGCCCGGUUUUGAAAAGGGUCUGAUGUGUUUUUCAUCCAAGCAACACUGCCGUUUUAUUUUUCAGCAAUAACCAAAACUCUCCUCACAUUUGUGUACUACCCUCAUGCCAUGCACAAACCACCCAUGGUAGUUCUAUAUUUUGCCUUAACAGAUUUUACUCUCCUGCUUUCCAAGAUCAUUUUGUUUUCUAGUUGCGCUGUUUCAGUCACGUGUAUAAUUUAAUGCAUGUAUGAGUACAAUGAAUUCAAGCCGGCCAUGUUUUCUGCUGAUAUUAGUGCUCUGGUGAGAAGGCGAAAUAUUAGUGACCCGAACCUCAAGCAUUUGAUUUACUUGUGUUUUGGUUUGAUGCUUUCCCUGCCAUGUGCACACCCACAUUAACAACCCAUUAAGGACCAAGUGCAUGAUGUUUAACAUUUGUAUGUUAGAAAAUAACCAAAUCUAAAGUACAGAGUCUAACAGUUUGAUUCGAGAAAUUUAUCUUGACUAUCGGGAGUCUUCAGUGUUAUCCGAGAUGGCCAUGAACGGAAAUGUGCCAGUCUUUUGACUACUUAGUCAAUUCAGAAGCCAUACACUGACUUGACCUGAAUUGUAUUAUGACUAAACGUGUUUUAAACUUGGUAAAUAUGAAAGCUCUGGUCAAAUGUGUAAAUUGCCUAAUGCAAAUUGGACAAUAUUGGUUGAAACUUCAAUUUGAAUAAAAUACAUUUGAUUUGA